UGUGUUCAAGUCCCUUUGAGAACUUUGGGACAGAGUGUCUUCAGAUAGAAGAUUAAGACUACAAAGUAAGAAAGUCUAUGCUUUAAGAACUAAGAGCCAACUUUGUAAUUGAUUUUUGUAGUAAUGGAAAUAAUUUACAGAUUUCUUUCUUUUGUAUUGUGGAUUUUAUCAGUAGAAUCUGUGCUUGAUAUAUCACCUUACAAACAACUACUUCUUGACUUGCAUAAUGACUGCAGGAGGGAUGUUAAAGCUUCUAAUAUGCAGAAACUGGACUGGAGCCCUUUAUUGGAAGAAGAAGCCUCGAGAUGGGCAGAAAAUUGUCGUUUUCAGAUUCAGAGAAUAGGCAACGGAGAAAAUUUAGCAAUGCAUACAGCUAAUCGGGGAUUAGAAGAUUUACUUGAAGAAGGUUUCAAUAUGUGGAACAAUGGCAGGGAGGAAUAUAAAUACGGGAAUAAAUUGUCAUCUAACACAGGACAUUAUACUCAGUUGAUAUGGGCUGAUACAUCCAAAGUCGGUUGUGGUAUGACAAGGUGUCCUGUUUUGUUUAUGAAAAAUGGGGUGACAGUGAAAGACGCUUGGUUCUUGGUUUGCUUUUAUAACCCACCAGGAAACGUGCUUGGAAAAAAUCCAUAUAUUGUGGGUAAUUCUUGUAAAAAAUGUACAGACGGUCAACGGUGUGAUAAUGGUCUUUGUGAAGGACAUCACUCCACAGGAACAAGGAAUAUAAUGCCGUCAUUAAAUAAAAACCAAUUAUUUCGUUGGAAUUCAAGGAAUACCUUUGCUCCACUUGUGGACAAAAAUAUACACAGUUCUCAAGAAAAUAUCUGUUUUGAUAUAUCUCCACAGUGUGAACUUUGGACAGAAAUGUGUUUUGAUAGACGUUACGCCUUUGAUCUAUUCACCCUUUGUCGUAAAACUUGUGGAUUUUGCCACAAUUCUUCGUGUGUUGAUAGCAGAGACUCAAGUUCAUGUCAAUACUGGCAACAGCUUGGUUAUUGUAAAAAUUCUUUGUAUGCAGAAUUUAUGUCAAAGAAUUGUGCAAAGACGUGUAAUUUUUGUUAAAGAAAAACACUCACAAAUGUCUAUUUUUAUGUUAUUGGUAAGUCAUGCCGACAGAAAAUGGAACAAGAUUGUUUAUCUCAAAGGAUUGUCCUUUGAAUGAUCGACGGGAAUGUAAAUAGUAAAGUUGCGCGACU